CGGCGACUGCACCGUCGGCGACAAGAUCAGAAAUCCUUGCGAACUACUGUCCAGCCUGGUAUAUCGAAUUGAAACUCUGCAUCAGCCAUGAACAGUUCACAACAAGGGCCAAAUCCCUUGCGCCCCUACUAUACACCACCCCCCAUCGGGCUCUCCUCCGCUCCUCUCUCCAAAGCCUCAUCCUCGCCCGAUGUCCCGUCGGCCUCGCCUACACAGGUAUUUGGUGGUUCUCCACGCGAUCUGCUGCCGGAUAUAGACUAUUCUGAUUAUCUAGAGACCUCUCCGUCGGUCUCGGAGUGGCUCAGAGAUGCGUUGGAUCGGGCAAUAUGGCGCUACAUCAGUGUCUUAACUUCUCAGCCGUUCGAUGUUGCAAAGACCAUUCUGCAGGCCUAUGUGAUGCCCGGUGCAGAGGAUGGACAAUUGCCGCUGGAUGAACGGCGAAAGCCAAAUCGACAACCUCAAGACGAGUAUUACAGUGAAUAUGAUGAUGAGAAUGAUGGCUCGCAAUCCACCGAUGAUGAGAGCAGCUAUUUUACUUCUGCAGUCCCUGCCCCCUCGUCUCCCGGUAAUUCAAGGUCUCACAAGGGUCGACACCAUAUCACCGAUCGUGCUGGUUACAUCCCGUCGUCUGGUCCAAGUUCCAAAUACGCCCUGAAGAUCACGAACCCUUCUUCCUUGAUGGAAGUUCUCUCCCAGCUCUGGUCUACAAGCGGCCCAACAGCGCCUUGGAAAGCCACCAAUGCGACAUUUAUUUACUCCCUACUGCUUCCUACCCUAAACACAUUCAUCAGGAGUCUUUUGUCGGCCAUCGUAGGCCUGCCAGAGGAGGAUAUUGCGUCAUCGAUGACUGCCGAUAUACUUACAGCCGCCUCGCCGGCUGCAACGCUGAUUCUAUCGUUCAUCUCAUCUUCUCUGUCAGCGAUGCUCUUGUCUCCGAUUGAUACUGCACGCACAUUCCUCAUCCUCACACCUGCCAACCAUGGCCCGCGCUCGUUACUUCGGGCCAUUCGCCUUCUCCCGGCCCCGAACUAUACCAUCCCGUCUCACUUGAUCCCCAUCACUGUCCUUCACUCGAGUCUUCCAAAUUUGAUCGUCACCUCAACCCCUCUUUUCCUUAAAACUUACCUGUCCAUCGACCCUUUGCUUAACCCAGGCACGUGGAACUUUUUCACACUAUUGGGGACCGCCUUGGAACUUGGAGUGCGGUUCCCACUUGAGACCGUUCUGCGUCGGGCACAAAUAGUUACUUUCACAUCGCCGAGUUUACGGCAGAAGAGGCCCACUGGGACAUACAGGUCAUCACCUUCUUCUACGGCAGCGGAAGCCUCUGAGGUAGAGACCAUUGUCCCAACACCGCGGUCCUACCGCGGUGUCAUUGGAACCAUGUGGGGCAUUGUAUACGAAGAAGGGGUCAGCCCAGCUCAGUCCGAAGCUGAGAGGGCCCAGGAACUUCUCGGAAAGCCUGUCUCGAGUCGUCAACGACAGAGAAGGCGGCAAGGCCAAGGCAUUCAUGGUCUCUAUCGUGGUUGGAGAAUCGGCAUGUGGGGUAUUGCGGGAAUCUGGGGCGCGGGCCUACUUGGUUCAGCUGCCGGUCCAGGAGACGAUGAAACAAUGAUUUCGGGUACGAGUGCUAGCGGCGGCCGAGGUCGAGCACUCGGUGGUCGAUUUUAAGCAGGGCAUCAGAUAUCGUCUAUCCUUCUAGUAUGCCACCAUUUAUAUGCCGUUCUAUGGCAUAACAUAUGAGAAAGUCACCUUUCCCUUCGUCUUGUACUCUCUGUCUCUUUUCCAUUGAAAGGGAUCAGAAUCAUCACGCUGCUAAGGGACUCGUUAUUGCGUUUUUAUACGGAGGGUUUUGGUUCGCACUGAAUGGCGUUUGGGGCUUCUAUUCUCCUUUUUAUCCCCUUCCUUGUCCAUUAUUUUCCCUUGGAGUUGUGUAUAUAUAUAUUGGGAACAUGGGCUCACUGCCAGCUUCGGAGUUUUCCGUUCCUUUUUUUGCCACUUAAUAACCUUUCCAUCAAUCGUAAAUAAAUACACUCUCUGCUCUUCAUUUUGUUAACCCACCUACUACUGUUGAGGUUGGCGAUCCGCAUUACGUAUCUGGUUUGGUUUUACCAGAGAUUGUUG